UCGAGCCGCCAAAGAAAAGCCGCACGCCCUACCAACCCUGCAACGUGUACGCAGGCAGGGAACACAUCACCCACCCCCGUCGAAUCCAGCUGUGCGAGCUACCACCCGCCCAAGGGCCCCUACAAGAAGCCAGCAGCCGCUGCAGGUAGCCAAAUAUGUCGGAUUCCCCCCAAUCCAAUCCUAAGGAUGUCGAACAAGGUGUACAGGACGCCGACGAGGAAGCACAAAUGAACGAUCCCCAAGACCCACAUUCCAGCGGGCUCGCCUAUGAGUUCGAGGUAAAAGAGCAGGACCGGUGGCUGCCCAUAGCCAAUGUCGCCCGCAUCAUGAAGAAUGCACUCCCCGAGAACGCCAAGAUCGCAAAGGAGGCCAAGGAGUGCAUGCAAGAAUGUGUCAGCGAGUUCAUCUCCUUCAUUACGAGUGAGGCGUCUGAGAAGUGCCAUCAGGAGAAGAGGAAAACCGUCAACGGCGAAGACAUCUUGUUCGCCAUGACAUCACUAGGAUUUGAGAACUACGCUGAGGCUCUCAAGAUUUACCUCUCCAAGUAUCGAGAACAGUCCCAGUCGAAUAGGGGGGAGAACCAGCAGAACCGACCCGGCAGUCAAGGCUAUGGCGCCGCAGGGGGUGGUGCCAACCCUGGUUCGGGCACCUUCCCCGGCGGCGAGCUUGGUGGCCCGCAAGAGGGCGCAGACGCCUCUGGCUAUGCCCUGUACGGCGCCCAGCCUGGCCAUAACGGCGCUGGUGGCGAGUAUUGAUCGAUUACUCGCCGGAAAACGGGGCGCGCCCUGUUCCUUCGCCGUCCUUCAGCGGCGUGUGGCUGUUUUACGAAAUGCAUUUUCUUAUUAUUAUCUCAAAGUGUGUAUGAGUAUUGGAGGGCGUUGUAUCCUCGUGGAGGCUUGCAAGCCUCACAGCUGAUGGAACCGAGCUUGCAUGAGUUGAAUAUGGCUGGCUCUAGGGACAUGUUGGUAUAGGGGUUGGAGAGGAGACGGACGGACAUGGAAAGGGUUAAAGGGGCGGAGGACAGAAUCGGCGGUGGGAUCUACUCGAGUUUUAUCCCCCCUCGUGUCUGACCACUGCGAUAGAUUUGCCCUCCCCAACGGCGUUCUAUUUCCCCCACAUGAGACGUUAUGAGGGCAACGGGUGGAUUACGUUACUACAGGCAGUUCUUUUUGCCGUGUAAGGAAUACGGGCCCAGUGCGCCCAGGAACAGAGACAGAAGCAGAUUUACAUAGGUCUUUUCAAAUUAUUCU